ACUGGAAUUCAUGCAUAGCUGAAAAUGUUACAUAAGGGUGCUUUAGUGUAGAUCUGAGCUGUGCAAGUUCCAGUGAUCGCAGGGAGAUAAGAACCUGGUACAGGCAAUCAGGAGGCUGGGUUACAAAGACAUAAAGAGAGAGGAGAGCAAACACAUUUCAAGAGACUGAAACAUUUCUACAGAAGUUAUGUUUGAGCAAAAGCUACUGAGAAAGGUGUGAUUUUGGCUUUCAGAUUUGGGAGGAAACUUUCUCUGAAAACAACAAGAAGUCCAAAGCACAGAGGUCUGGGAGGCAGGUAACAACGCAAGGAGGAGACAAUGACAGUAACAAGGAAGUAUACACACUGACUGUGGGCUUGCUUGUCACACAGGCAGCAAGUGUUGACAGUCUCACUUCUUUGUGUACAAUAGCAAAUCAGGCUUGAAUGUUGAGUAAGCCAGCUGACGGACGAGCUGCUGUAUUCAGAACUUCAGGAAGAACCAUUGAUUUCACUUCAACCUUUUCACCGCUGAACUUUUUUCAUCUGGAUUCGAAUUUUUCCUCCUUGAGAAGUGUCGGUCAUGGCAGAGGAGAAUGAAUUGUCCUACACGGAGGCUAUAGAGAAGGCCGGCUCCACCAUCACUCGCUUCCCUCUCAUCCACAUCAGGGGAGUUCCUCUCAUGUCUUACAUUGCCAAAAACUGGGACUCCAUCUGGGCUUUCCGUCCUGACCCAUCAGAUGUCCUUAUUGCCACCUACCCCAAAGCAGGGACAACAUGGACCCAGGAGAUAAUCGACCUGCUUAUUCACAACGGGGACGCUGAGGCUUGCAAACGGGCUCCCACCCCGGUCAGGAGUCCUUUCCUAGAGAUCUAUUCCCCUCCCCCAAUACCUUCAGGUCUCGAUCUUCUGAAAAAAAUGGACCCACCAAGACUUAUCAAGACACAUCUUCCCUUUCAGCUGGUUCCACCUGGAUUUUGGGAAAACAAAUGCAAGGCUAUCUACGUCGCACGCAAUGCCAAAGACAACCUCGUGAGCUACUACUACUUUGAUCUAAUGAAUAAGACCCAGCCUGAACCGGGACCUUUUGAUGGUUACAUCCACAAGUUUAUGCGAGGAGAGUUGUCCUGGGGCUCCUGGUAUGAUCAUGUUAAAGGUUACUGGGUUGAGCGGGAGGAGAAGAACAUCCUUUACCUCUUCUACGAGGACAUGAAAGAAAAUCCUCGCCGUGAGGUGGAGCGCAUCAUGAGGUAUCUGGACUUGUCCGUCUCUGAUGAGGUCAUCAAUCGGAUCGUGGAGCUCACAUCCUUCAAAAACAUGAAGGAGAACCCGAUGGCCAACUACUCCUGCAUCCCUUCACCUGUUUUUGAUCAGUCCAUCUCUCCGUUCAUGAGGAAAGGUGAAGUGGGAGAUUGGAAAAACCAUUUUACUCCCGAGCAGUCAAAGAUGUUUGAUGAAGAUUAUGAAAAGCAAAUGAAGGACGUCAAUAUACCGUUCAGGAGUCUCAUCUAGAGGUUCUCCAUGGGGUUCUGAAGCGUGUUCUGCAAACCAAAGGCUGAUAAACUGACUCUGUUUAGCAUUUAAACAGCAGCAGCAGCAGCAGCACUGUCAGCAUAUAUGGCACAAAUUUAAAACCAAAAACAAAAGAAAAAAAAAUACACUUAUGUUUUAACAUUCACCACUGUAAUCGCUGCACUUCAUAACGUGUGUACUCCGAGAAAAUGUCAUCUUUGAAAAAGUGAUUAAAUAGGUGCUCCACAAAACAA